AUGCGACGGGACGCCGCUGGCCCCGGCGGCGGCGCCGGGUUCCACGAUCUGUUCGACUCCGUGCGCCGAUCCAUCAACUUCCGCACCAGCGCCGCCGCGCCCCCGGAGCCCCCGGCGGGCCCCCUCGGCGGGGGCCCUGCCGGGGGUAUCGGCGUCCGGAUCAGCUCCUGCCUCCGCAAGUCGAGGGGGAUGGGGCUGCUCGGGCUCAUCUCCAAGAGCCCCUCGCCGCCGCGCCGCCUGCUGCCGCCGACGCCCGUGCCCGCCGACGGGGGCGGCCGAGCGGGUGAGAUCCCGCCGAUCCGGUGGCGGAAGGGUGAGAUGAUCGGCUCCGGCGCAUUCGGGCAGGUCUACCUCGGGAUGAACCUGGACACCGGCGAGCUACUCGCAGUAAAGCAGGUUUUGAUCGGGAGCACCAACGCGACCCGGGAGAAGGCCCAAGCGCAUAUAAGAGAACUUGAGGAAGAAGUGAAGCUCCUCAAGAACCUUUCGCACCCCAAUAUUGUGUUUGAGAAGAGGUACCUCGGGACUGUCCGUGAGGAAGACACACUGAACAUCCUGCUGGAGUUUGUUCCUGGAGGGUCUAUCCAGUCGCUUCUUGGAAAACUCGGUUCAUUUCCGGAGGCAGUCAUUAGGAAGUAUACUAGGCAGAUUUUGCAAGGGUUGGAAUAUCUGCAUAGCAAUGCAAUAAUACACAGAGACAUUAAGGGUGCAAACAUUCUUGUUGAUAACAAAGGCUGCAUUAAACUUGCCGAUUUUGGGGCAUCUAAGCAAGUUGCCAAGUUGGCUACUAUGACAGCAGCUAAAACGAUGAAAGGCACGCCACACUGGAUGGCACCUGAAGUCAUUGUGGGGAGUGGGCAUACCUUCUCUGCAGAUAUCUGGAGUGUGGGAUGCACAGUCAUUGAAAUGGCUACUGGUAAACCACCAUGGAGCCAGCAGUAUCAGGAGGUUGCGCUUCUAUUUCAUGUUGGAACCACAAAGUCGCACCCACCAAUACCUGAACAUAUAUCACCAGAGGCUAAAGAUUUUCUGCUGAAAUGCUUGCAGAAGGAACCAGAGCUGAGGUCUAGCGCGUCAGAUUUAUUGAAGCAUCCGUUUGUGACCGGAGAAUUUGAUGACCGGCAGCUACUCAAUCGUACUGCACAGAAGGAUGCUUCUGUGAAUGAGCUUUUCGCACAUGAUGCGGAUGCGCCAACAGAGAUGGGUUUGAAUCAUUCUGGCAACUGGUCAACAAUUAAUUCAAAUAGAUCAUCUAAAAUCAAACCCCUAUGGGAGGGUGGCGGUGAUGAUGAUGACAUGUGUGAGUUUGCUGACAAAGACGAUCAUCCAGCAGUUGGAUCUAGCUAUAAUCCUAUGUCUGAACCAUUUGAUGAUGACUGGAAAAGCAAGUACGACAUGAGCCCAGAGCAAAGUUCUCAUCAGUCGAGGGAAUUUGGUGGAUUAGCCAAGCAUCCUGAAAGCAGCAUGACCGAAAAUGAUUUUACCUUCCCUUGCGAGGGAAGUUGUGAAGAUGACGAUGUACUUACCGAGUCAAAAAUAGAAGCAUUUCUUGAUGAGAAGGCCCUUGAUCUGAAGAAGCUACAAACACCUUUAUAUGAAGAAUUCUACAAUAAAGUGAAUGCCGGGAGCUCUCAUGGAGUUGAUCAAACUUCCAAUGGUAAAUUCAUAAAUAGUCCGAAACUACCCCCUCGUGGAAAGUCGCCCCCAGGUAAGAUGAGGGGAGGUCCAGCGGUGGCAACGCCUUGUGAUACCAUUUUGAAUAGCAGUACGAUGGCUGAAAGCUGCAGCAGGCAAUUCUCAAGAGAUGGCGGUGUAGAUAGCAGCCGGAUUUUGAGAGAAAUAGCUUCCCCUCAGCUCAAUGAGCUUGGGGAUAAAGUUCAUAUUGAUGUCCAAGAUAGCCCAAGCAUCAGCUUUGCUGAGAGGCAACGAAAAUGGAAAGAGGAGUUGGACCAGGAGCUUGAGAGGGAAAGAGUGAUGAGGUUAGCUGGCUGUGGCAAGACACCGUCUCCAAGUAGACGGCCCAGCAUCGGGAAGCGAGAGCGCCAUCAAUAG